AUGGAUAGGCUUAUUUCUUCUUUCCUCAUUCAUCAUGACUUCUUUGUUCCUUCUUUCCCUCUUUUAUCUUCCUUCCUUCCUUCCUUCCUUCCUUCCUUCCUUCCUUCCUUUUUUCUUUCUUUCGUUCUCAUUCUUAAUCCAGACUUUGGUAUUCUUUCUUUCUUUCUUUCUUUCUUUCUUUCUUUCUUUCUUUUCGAUCCAGGCUUAUUUCUUCUUUCCUCAUUCAUCAUGACUUCUUUGUUCCUUCUUUCCCUCUUUUAUCUUCCUUCCUUCCUUCCUUCCUUCCUUCCUUCCUUUUUUCUUUCUUUCGUUCUCAUUCUUAAUCCAGACUUUGGCUUAUUUCUUCUUUCCUCAUUCAUCAUGACUUCUUUGUUCCUUCUUUCCCUCUUUUAUCUUCCUUCCUUCCUUCCUUCCUUCCUUCCUUCCUUCCUUUUUUCUUUCUUUCACUUCUUUGUUCCUUCUUUCCCUCUUUUAUCUUCCUUCCUUCCUUCCUUCCUUCCUUCCUUCCUUCCUUCCUUCCUUCCUUCCUUUUUUCUUUCUUUCGUUCUCAUUCUUAAUCCAGACUUUGGUAUUCUUUCUUUCUUUCUUUCUUUCUUUUUCUUUCUUUUCUUUCUUUUUCGAUCCAGGCUUAUUUCUUCUUUCCUCAUUCAUCAUGACUCUUUUGUUCCUUCUUUCCCUCUUUUUAUCUUCUUCCUUCCUUCCUUCCUUCCUUCCUUCCUUCCUUUUUUCUUUCUUUCGUUCUCAUUCUUAAUCCAGACUUUGGUAUUCUUUCUCUCUUUCUUUCUUUCUUUCUUUCUUUCGUACUUUCUCUCUUUCGUACUUUCUUUCUUUCUUCUUUUCGAUCCAGGCUUAUUUCUUCUUUCCUCAUUCAUCAUGACUUCUUUGUUCCUUCUUUCCCUCUUUUAUCUUCCUUCCUUCCUUCCUUCCUUCCUUCCUUUUUUCUUUCUUUCGUUCUCGUUCUUAAUCCAGACUUUGGUAUUCUUUCUUUCUUUCUCUCUUUCUUUCCUUCUUUCUUUCUUUCUUUCUUUCUUUCUUUCUUUCUUUCUUUCUUUCUUCUCGUUCUCAAUCUGGAUUUAUUUUUGUCUUUAUUCUCCCAAUUUUUUAUUAAUUGUAUAUUUUUGCUUCUUUCUUUCUUUUUCUUUCUUUCUUUUUUCUUUCUUUCACAUUUUGAUUUCAAUCUUCAUCAUAAAAACCGUUUUGUAUCUCAUUUUCACAUUCCAGUUUUUCUUCAUUUCAUUCCAUCUUUAUUUAUUCUUUUUAUCAUCUUUUAUCUUUCUAAUGAUUUCUUUUCGAAUCUUUUUAUUAUACUCUUUUUACUUUCUUUCUUUUUCUUUCUUUCUUUUUCUUUCUUUCUUUCUUGUUGACAAUAAAUGUUUUUCCUUCUUUUAUUCUCUUCAUUUGAUCAUGUUUUUGCCCGCUAAUUUCUUUCUUUCUUUCUUUCUUUCUUUCUUUAUUUAUUUUUAUUUAUUUAUUUAUUCUUUCCUUCCUUUCUUCCUUUUUUUCUUUCUUUCUUUCUCGUUGAAAAUAAAUGUUUUUCCUUCUUUUAUUCUCUUCAUCUGA